AUGAAUCUUGACGAGGUUGAUGUGGUUGUACAUUUCAAUGAUGUUAAUCACCUUAUCACUGUUUCAAAAGAAACCAGUCAUCAAGAUUUAAUCAGUGCUAUUAGAGAUGAGUUAGCACUCUUGCCAAAUGAAAAGAUUGAAGUUUAUUACUUAGAUCCCAAAUUAGAGCGUGAAAUAGUCCUGAAGAAUGACAGUUAUGUAAAACGUUUCUUUAAACAUGAACAAUUAAUGAUUAUUGUCACUCUCGACAGCCCUCAAACUAAUGUUGCUCCAGAUUUAAAUCUCACAGUUUCUGAGAGGACAGAAAGGGUGGUUUAUGAAGACAGUAAUGCUGAUUAUGAGAUAUUAACAACUGCUCUAGAACCAUUGAAACGUUCAUAUACCCUCAAGAUAGAGGGAGGAAAACACAAAAUUUUCAAUUCUACUGCUACAUUGUGGAAGGAUAUUUUUGAUUAUGCCAAGUCAAAGCUUGAAAUUACCUCUUCCUCUUUCAAAUUACAAGUAAUGAAUGAAGAUAAUGUAUUCGAAGAUGUACAUGAGAGAAUAAUUUCAGGUGGCAAUGUUGAGUUUAUCAUUCAAGUUGUUGAAAGGGGAUCAACAGCUAUUGUUGAGGAAUGUGUUGAGAAUGUCAAUGAAGGUUCUUCAUCUUCCUCCAAUUGUCACAGUUUUUUGAAACCAACCAUCAAUACCCCAUCUCAUUAUCAGAAACAAGAAUACCAAAGCGAUUUAAAGCUCAAAGAAUUUGUUGCUCCUGAGAAACAUCUUCCAGGUUUUAAAUAUGAAAGAUACAAACACUUUUUACACAAAAAGAGUAGGGUAGUUGACUUGUCAAAUGGAAGGAGAUAUUCAAAACACCAAGGUCACGAGUCUGAGAUCAUGAAAUCCCAAGAAAACCAAUACAAUCAAAAAGUUGAAACCUUGAGAAAUGAGCAUGAAAAUCAACAGAAAAUUGCGAUUGAAGAAGAUUUGCAAAGAGCCCAAGAAUUUGAAAGCAAUGAAACUCAAAAAUUAGAUCAGGUGGCUCAAGACAACUUGAAGAGUAUUGGCAAUGCAGGAUUUGAGGGAGCUAAAUGUGGAGCUGUAGCAGGGCUCGUUGGAGCAGCUGUCAUGAAUGGAGCUGAAGUACUCAAUGGAAAGAAAACUGUUUCCAAAGCUAUUUUGGAUACUGGAAAGACAGGUGGUAUGGCAGCUCUUGUUGGUGGUGGAGUCUCAACAACCCUCUCUACAAUCAACACAUUCGGUUUAAGCUCCACUAAUCAAACUAUUUCACAAGUUAGCUCAUCAGUCUUGAAGAAUUCCACGUGGAUUAUUCCCGUUCUUUUUGCUGUACCUAAAAUUCAUGAAGAGAUUGAACUUUAUUGGAAACAACAAAAGAGUGGUGUUGAGUGUUGUAAAAAUCUCAUGGGAUUCGCCACAACAACACUUGUUGGUAUGGCAGGAGGAACAGCCACUAUAGCACUUGUUUCUCUUUUAUUUCCAGGUAUUGGUUCUGUUGUUGCUGCUGGUGUUUCAGCAGUUGGUGGUGUUAUCUCAACAAUGGCAUCCAACAGACUAUUUGAGCUAUAUUCUGAGAUAUUGAAACCAAAUCCUCAAGACACUCUCCAAGAAGCUCUUCUUUGGUUUGGUUUAUCUCAUGAAACCAAGUACAAUGUUAAUGAACGUUACAAAACACUUAGAAAGAUUUACCAUCCAGAUUCUGGUGGAACCAAUGAAUCCUUUGUUAGAUUGCAAACCUAUUACAGUGUAAUCGUUGCAUCUGUUAAUUCAAAGUAAUUCUUGUUAAGAAAAACAAUAAUUGUAUUAUCAACAACAUUAAUUUAUAAAAACAACUUUAUUCCC